ACCCUCCAAAUUUUAUUUGUUUCACACAAAUGGAAAACAAAAAGGGUAUAUACGGCGAACGCUAGAAAUUGUGAGAUUGAAACUGAGAAGUAUGAUGAUCUUGUUUUUGGUGUUCCUUGUUAUCUUUGUAUAUUUCUUCAUCAAGUUCCUUACUGCUGAUGGGGAUUUCACGUUAUUGUCAAAAGGGAAAGUGAAACGCGCAGAAAUUGAAGAUAAGGUUAUCUGGAUUACUGGAGCUAGUCGUGGAAUAGGGGAAAUUCUUGCCAAACAACUUGCAAGUUUAGGAGCAAAACUCAUUAUAUCUGCUCGAAAUGAAGCUGAUCUACAGCAUGUGAAGCAACAACUAAAAGGAAAAUAUGCACCAAGAGAUGUGAUGGUUUUACCAUUGGACUUGACAUCUGGGGAGGAAAGUCUGAGAUUGGCUGUAGAGAAAGCGGAAUCAUUUUUUGAUGCAGCUGGAGUGGAUUAUAUGAUUCACAAUGCAGCCUAUGAGCGUCCAAAAUCUACAGCACUGGAUGUGACAGAAGAAACUCUCAAGGCAAUGUUAAAUGUGAAUGUCGUGGGCCCCAUAUCAAUGACGCGGAUGCUUGUGCCUUACAUGCUGAAGCGGGGAAGAGGACAUCUUGUUGUGAUGAGCAGUGCAGCUGGAAAGACUCCAGCACCAGGUCAGGCGGUAUACUCGGCUUCUAAAUUUGCAGUAAAUGGGUAUUUCCACUCCUUGCGUUCUGAGCUCUGUCGUAAAGGAAUCAAGGUUACUGUAGUUUGCCCAGGUCCUGUAGAAACUCCCAAUCCAAGAACUGGUUCAACCGAGCGGCGUGUUUCAUCAGAAAGGUGUGCGGAACUGAUAAUUGUUGCUGCCAGCCAUGGUAUCAAGGAAGCUUGGAUAUCUUACCAGCCUGUACUUGCUGUUAUGUACUUGAUGCAGUAUAUGCCAUCGGUUGGCUAUUGGCUUAUGGACAAGAUCGGUGAGAAACGUGUGGAAGUUGGUGCACAGAAAGGCAACACAUACUCCAUCAAUUUGCUCUUUGACAAAAAGAAGGAAAGCUAAAAGUAAUGUUUCUCAUAUGUUCCGCUGAAUAUUACCAUUUACCGCAUAUGUUCCUCUAAUAGUGUGCACCAUUCUACUUGCUUUCGUUAAGUUCCUCGGCCUCAAGCUAUGCCAAUGAAUAGGAGUAUCAUAUGCUUUGUUUGUCAAUGUUUGAUUAUUGAGAUGUGGUAACUGUUUCACUUGAUCGUGCAUCAGAAUUAUCACAACUGUGGUCUUGUUCUAAGAUUUAUCUUAAACGAUUUGGUUCUAAAUAUUUGUCCUUUUUUUUUUU